GUGACAACGACGUAAGUUACAGGACGUGUUGGAAGUUUUCUGCUGUGGGUCCUUAACAAAUAUUGUUGCGAUCAAGUACGUGCAGUUGUUGGCAGAAUCAGCAUGAAACAUAGUGUAUCGGGUGAUUCAAUGACAGAAGUUUUAGAGCCAAAGGUAGUGAUACCUUGUUCUGUGAAAUGCGAAUCGGUUCUACAAAAGCUAUACAUAGAUUUAUGUAAUUUGAUUGUGGAAUCCCGAAUUCCGCGUUUUAAUGAGAAGGGUUAUGGAGACGGUAUCCACUGUCCUCCUUUGCUCGGCCGAAAUACUCAUGGCUGUGAUCUUUCAAAACCAGAAUGCCAAAAACACCAAAGAUUGAUUCAGCAAUUAUUUCGAGCUGUCGGCAAUAAUGUUUUUGAAAUCGAAGUACUAGUUCUUCCUGACUGCUGCACUGAAUCAAAAUUAAAGGAGCGAAUACAAAGCAGAGAGUACCGGUUGCUGGAGAAAUGGUCCUUGAAAUGCAUUUAUAGCAAGGAAUCUAUGAAGUCUACUCCUGUUGAUGUCCCUCAGCUGCUUCGAGCUGUUCGAUCUUUUCUGCAUUUCUCUCAAUUAAGUGCUUGGUUGAGUUCAACUAAAGGAAAAUCUCCUUCAAAUGUCUAUUACUGGGUCAAGUCUAGCUCAGAUGGACUCUCAACGAAGUUUGAACACGAACCUGAAGAACAUUCCUUUCCUGUUUGUAAGGUCGCUGAAGAUUUCUAUGGAAGUGUUAAAGUGAAAUAUCCACCAAGAACUCAAUAUGUGCCUAUAAUUCCAUGUUCAAAGCAUCCUCCCUUGCAUAAAUAUUCUGUUAGAACUAUUUGCGAGAAUCCAAGUUUGCAACAAAAUAUUUCACUAAACUCUCAGGUUGUUAGACAGUUGCAUAAAUCUCCUUGUGAUGAUCAACUUGGUGUACUUUCAGAAAAUGGCUGCGGGUCUGAACCUACUUCAGUACUGCUAGCACCAACUAUUCUAAAAACAUUUACAGGAAAUAUAUCAGAUGGAAAUCGUGUUCUUAAGCAGUCUUUUUGCCCCGAUAGUUUAGUCGAUGCCUCUAAUUUAUCUUUCGAAUUAAAGCAAAGUAAAAAUAUAGAUUUAUUAUCAAAAUCACAAACUUCUUACUUAUGUAACUAUGCUGAAACCUAUAGCAAUGGCCUCAGUCAAGAAAAUGUUUGCUUUGAUACGAGUCAACUCAUUAGACAUUUGCGUAAAAAGAAAUUUAAAAUCAAGAGAAUAAAUGGAGAUGAGAAUUCUAAAUCUUCAGAUGACAACAAAUGUCAUCAAAGUCCACGGAGACACUCAGUGGAGCUUAUGCCCUUACCUCCAUCGAAUUCGCAUGUAAAUGUUUCCUCGCCUAAUACGGUAGUAAAAAAGUGUGAAGCUAGUCCUGUAUAUGAAGCAUAUCACCGUCGUAAAUUGGAACAAAAAAAGAGGCCUUCAAAGCGGAGAGUUUUACAUACAGAUUCGGAGAAAUCAGCUGCGAUUCCUCCUAAAAAAGUUUGCUGUGAUAAAUAUUUAUCCCAAGAUUAUCAAAUAUCUUUAAACAGUCUAAAUGAAAUUUUUCCUCAACGGAAUGAGGAAUCUAGUCAAGUAAGUUGUAAUAUCCCUGUGAUUUCCACUAGUGUGAAUUUAAAUAUUGAAAAUGGUAACCUGGAGCCAGAGAGCUUCAUCAAUCAAGAAAUUCAAACCUUAUUGCCAAAUGCUUCAAAUGAAGCAGACAGUCGGUUGUCAGAGUACUUUUCUAGGUCUACCCCGAAAACAUAUGCAAAAAGUGAAACAACUAAUCAAAAAAACUGUAGAAAACGUAAGUGUUUGACAAAAUUAACGGUAAAGGAAGAAAAUAUGGGCGUUGAUAAAGAUACAAAUAGUUCCGAAAUUAGAGCUUGCAGCGCAACAUCCGUAGUUGACACAGAUAACGAAAAUGAGCUGAAAAAAGUUAAGCUUAUGGAUGAUUGCGCUAAUGAUUUCAGUUUUCCAGCAUCUUGUUGCACCAAUUUAAUAACUCACUUUGAUAAACCUGUAUAUAAUCCAGCUUUAAAUUUUAAAAAAUCUGAAGAAAAAUAUGUUUGUAGAAAACGUCUUCUAAGGACCAGCUCAGAUUUAAUAAAGGACCAAAUAUCGUCACCCUCAAAUUAUAGAAUUUCUCCCUCAGAGAAACAGAACUUCAGUUCUUCUCUUCAAACUGAUUCAAAGAAUAAUGCACUUUCGCAAAAGAAUGAGCUUCAAAUUUUGAAAGCAAGGCUCUUAUCAAUUCGCAAAGAAAAGAACCGCCGGCUGGAAGCUAAAUUGCUUAAACGAUAUAACAAAGUAUUUGCAGCAAAAUGUCGAGAAAAUUCAUGUGAAACUACGUUCGUAGAUUGCAAAGAAUCAAAUUCCGAAUAUAAAAACUGCAACCGGACUCAUUUAAACUCUUCAAAAUGUGGUUUGCGAGAAAAAAAACUGAACAAUUUAGCUAAAAAGAUCACAAAAAUAAAAACGACUUUAAAAGGUCCGAAGGAAGAAGAGAUUUUAAUGAAUACAUCUGAACCGGUGGAGACUAAAAGUUUAGAAAUAAGUCUAUUUACAACAGUGAAUAAACCUCAUCGAAUCACAAAAAGGAGAAAGUACAAAUCUUCCAAGAAACUAUUUAAUUCAACAAGUUGUAAUAUAUCGCCCUCUAGUCAACCUUACAAAGUUAAAAAUUCCCCAGAAACUGUGUGUACUUCUGAUAGCUGUCAAUGUCAAGAAUCUCAACCACAAUCUCGACUUCCAAAACGAAUUUCACCCUCUAGUACUGUACCUGCAACCAUACUUUCACCGAAAGCGUCUCUAGUUGUGUCUUCUGAAGUAGAAAGGAAUUGCAGUAUUAACCAUGUAUAUCAAUCGAAAGACAGCUUGGGGCCAAGUGAAAUUUCUCUGCCCAGUGAGAGACAUUGCGAUUUCGUUUUAAACAGAUUGGUACCUUCUGAAAGACGAAAUGUGUCCUAUGAGAAAUCUAACGAGAACCUUGAGCUUUUCUCGAAAAGUAUACCCAGUUUUCCGAAAGGAAGAAAAUUACUUGCAAAUUUUGAGGAAUCUAUCUUGAAAGGCUGUUUACCAACUUUGAGUAGUGUAGAGGGAUUCCGCGCUGAAAUAGGUGCAAGCGGUAGCUUUUUUCCAAGUCAUCUCACAUUACCUGCCAAUGUAUCGUUUUUUGAAUUGGGCAACUCUCAUCAAGGAACAGCUCCUUAUGUGGCGCAUGUUAUUUUAGGGGAUGCAGAGUAUUUCCUUCCUAAAAAAGGUGCAGUACAAGUGACGUUAUUCAAUCCUUCAGAAACUGUCGUUAAAAUGUUUGUCCUAAACUAUGAUUUAAGCUCCAUGCCUCCAAUGUGCCAUACCUUUAUAAGGCAAAAAAUCUACUACCUUCCUGUUGGUUCCACCGAUGAGCAUCCUUCCUCUCCAAAAUGGUUGCGCUUUAUCAUUCACUUGAGGUUUGCUUCUUCGAAAACUGGAAAAAUCUUUCUACAUAAGGACUUUAAAAUUGUUGUUCUAAAUAAGAGUAACGAUGAUGCGGCAUCUGAAUUUAACCAAGAACCCCGUGAACUCCGUUCAUUUGUAUCAGUGCCUAGAAAUCCUACUUUUUCUAAUUUUUAGAGUAUAUGUUAUAUAUAAAUUUUGUAGUUAUGUUUUAUGAGUUGUAUUUUUUGUAAAGUUGUAAAUUGUUAUAUCGAUAUAUGCAUAUUAAAAAAAUUCAAACCGCUUA